AUGUGGGGAUAUUUGAGAGGAGGGCGUGGGCCAUCUGAGGCCCGAUGGCGGCCGUGGGGAGAAUGCCGGCCAGUUGCGUUAAUUUCAUUUAGAAGCGGAACCCCCGAGACUCGUCCAUUAUUCGAUAAUCAUUUUCCCGUCGCGAUCGCCGGCAUGACAUCGAUGGGACAAAGAAUAGUGGCGUGGGAUGUUCAAGAGAGCGUUCACUUCAUUCGCUACAAAAGAAGGGAUAAUCAACUGGUGGUCUUCUGCGAUGACACAACACCGAGAUAUGUAACAUCAUUGACGAUGCUCGACUAUCAAUCUGUGGCCAUUGGAGACAAAUUUGGAAGUAUUGCCAUCCUUCGUCUGCCACAGCGAGUCAAUGAGGAUGUGCAUGAGGAUCCACUUGGAACAAGAGCUCUUUGGGAAAGGGGAUAUUUGAAUGGAGCAAGUCAAAAGGCCGAUUUGCAAGCAGUAUUCUACGUUGGAGACUUGAUCACUACGUUGCAAAAAACGUCCCUGGUGCCGGGAGCCGGUGAAGCGCUCGUCUACUCCACAAUUGGCGGGCAAAUUGGAAUGCUUGUUCCAUUCAUGAGUCGCGAGGAACACGAUCUCCUGCAAAAUCUUGAAAUGCACAUGCGUGUUGAAUUCCCGCCACUUUGCGGCCGUGACCACCUAGCUUUCCGUUCAUACUAUCAUCCAUGCAAGUCUGUAAUUGAUGGUGAUCUUUGUGAACAAUUCUCAUUGAUGGAUGCUACUAAACAAAAAACGGUGGCUGCGGAGUUGGGAAAGAAACCAAAUGAGCUACUGAAGAAACUUGAGGAUAUUCGAACACGUUUUGCUUUC